GAGGAAAUCGAUUGGCAAACUCAACGAAGAAAGUUGAUAUUUAUCCUCAGAGCUUACCUUUCUGAUGGCUCGGAAGGAGGUAUCACUGACAUGGAUUCGUUACUUACUAUGCUGGAGGAGAAUAGUAUUCUUGGAAUUGAUCGUCUUAAUGUAAUGAAGGAACUACUAAAGGAGAUAGGAAAGUGGGAUCUUCUUCGCAGAAUAGAGCGAUUUGAAAUUAAGAGAAAGGACUACAAACAGUUACUGGAGAAGAUAAGUCACGCACUUGACGAGUCCAAUGAACUGCAACGACUCAUUUCAAUCUGCAGAGGAAAAAAUCUGAUAGCUCGUGAAAGCGAAGAAGAUAUCGUCGAUGUCAAUGCAUUGUUCACAAUGCUAGAACAACAGAACAGUUUUGGCAUAGAGGACCUCACUCUCCUGAAAACUUUAGCAAACGAGGUGGGGAAACCAGAUUUGUGCAGACUACUAGAGGAGUUUGAGAAGAAGAGAAAACAGGAAGAAGAUGCUGAGCGAGAGGUACGGAACAAUUUCUAACCGAAAUUCUUUCUUUUUUUCUAAACAUUUCAUCAAAUUUUCUUGGCCAAACUUUGAUUUGAAAUCGAACAUGGCGAGUGGAAUUCUUGGUUUUUGAGUUAGUGAAGUUGUCAGACUUAAAUUUAGUGUCUUUUCAAUCGACUAAGAACUGUGAAAUCAGAAGCUAAGCUUGCGAAGAUUUGAUUUCGGACUAUGUUGCUAACACAAAUGGAUAGUCGUUUUCACUUACCUGUAUGGAAAAUUGAAACCCUCGACCUCACAUGGUCGCUCUACCAAUUGCCUAGGUAUUGCUUCCCAACUCGAUAUUCCUACAAGGUUUUAGCUUAGUUUUAGGCUCACAGAGUGAAAAAAGUGCAAAAUAUAUCUAUGUAGUUCAUUGUAAUGUUAUUGAUGGGGGUACACCUUUUCAUGUGCACCCUUUUGAAGGCAUCGAUAGAGUGCUGGUAAGACAUGUUGAGACAAUAUGGCGGCCGAAAACACUAAUUUCGUUCCAGGGCCUCCUCUAUGUUAUUUUCAAAAACGGCGAGUCGCUGGCAAGAGUUAAAGGAGAAGUUUGCUCCACUUAGUAAGUGGUGUUUACAUCCUUUGUGCAAUUUGCUAGUUACCGCGGGUUGAGACUCCAACGAAUCAACAAGUGCUUGAAAUUUGUCUUUAUUUACGCUAAAAGCUCAUCUAUGGACGUUUCUACUUUCAAAACACCUUGAUAACCUGGUCAUCCACCCAAAAAAAAAACGUGAGAUUUACAAACAGCUCUUGAAAAGUUAUCGCAAAAGAAUUGAGUCUAAAAAGACCUUUUUGUAGCUUUCAGCUCCAAGAGAUGCAAGGAGUGAGAUUUUACCCCACUUCUGAUCACUUAACCAUUAACACCCUAACAUCAGCUUACAUAUUCUCCUUUCUGUUCUUCAUACAUUUGCUAUGGCACUGACAAGAGGAAUUUAGUUAAUAAUCAAGAGCUUCUCAAGGUUACGAUUAUUUUCUUAAUUUAUGGGCGAAAUGAUUGAUUCAGUGGUCACGCCUAAUUUGGAAAUUAGGUGCUAGUUACCCUAUGGGUCUAAAGUGUUAAUAUACCAGUGAUCAAAUGGACCUCCAAACCGUAAUUCUAUGCCAGGAACAUGAAAAGUCUGCGAAGUGAAGUAUUUAAACAGAUCGAUGUUCAAUAUUUCUCUCCCUGUAUAGUUAUUAAUACAAAGAUUGUUUUCUUUCACAUUCAAGCUCAGGCCGCUUCUGUUCUUUUUGGUGGUAUAAACAUAGGAGAAAGAUUAAUAGGAGGUAAGACAGUGUUAAUUAAUCUUGCUGAGAAGCAAAGCCAAAUUACGUGGAACCUAAAAUCUGAAACAGUUAAACCCGCGGACAAAGUGGUUUUAACAGGCUCACACUACUAGAGUCUUUGCGUGGUUAUUACAUACUCAAAACUAAUAUUAUCAUCCUUACCAGAAAGCAAUGAUAAGAACCAACAAAGAAAAAGACAUUUUCUUACUAUCUACUACUGAAAUAAACAUGGAAAUUGCUUACUCUGGACAAUAUUCUUUAAAGUGCUUUCCUUGAAAAAUCUUUUACAUUUUUUUUUUUGCUGUGAUCGAAAAAGAAUAGUUUGUGUCUAUAGUCAAUCCAAUUCUCUUUAUUCAUAAGCUUCCUUGUCGUCUGUCUCAGUAACAUAUAACUUUCGAAAACAGCAAUCCACUCAAAUCUAGUCUUUGUUAGGCUCUCAGUUGCUGGAGAUAAGCAAAGAAGUAGGAAAGCAAAAUAUGCGAGGAGCCUGUGAAGGAGUACUCUCUCCAGCCAACUCUCCCCAAACGUUUGUUUCUUUGGCUAGGCCCUUUUUUUCGGUCGACUCCACAAGCGGCUAACGUAACCCUAUGAUUUCUACAUUUUUUACAAGUUGUCACACCUCACUGUACUUUCCGCAAUGUUACUGGUGGUGCUGUGGUCGUAACUACAUGGAUGGUCCUUCGCAGGAGUCCCAGUAUGGAAGCAUUUGUCAAUGCUUUCAAAGAAGCUGUUCUUCCAUUUGGAAAUUGCUUGCGUGCAAUUAGUGAAGGAUCGAUCCGAUUUACGCUUCAAGCAGAAAACAUUUCCGCUCUUGACGCACUUUGGCAAAGUUAUCAAGACGAAACACUACAAACAAAUUUACAAGAGUUUCUUGUUACUGGGAAAAUAAAGCAGCUGGCAGGUGGUGAAGUAACGUUGACUGUGCACAUCGACGAAGAUGAAUACAGAAAUGCUGUGUUGGAUUUGAUGAUAUCAGGAACAGAAGGUAAUUACACCUUUAAUAGUCCCGCCAUUAUGCAUAACCCCUACUGCGAGAUGAAUUAGAAACGUCUCUUGUUAUGGCUAUCAAUGGGACGAAUCACGGAAUCUAGAAGAUGUGAUUUGAAAAUUAAAGUUGUUGUGUUACAAACCAUAUUUUUUUUCUCGUAUGCGACUUAUUACUUCACGAGACUGAAAAUGCACCAGCUCAUUUAUUAGCCUCCAGUUUUAUUUUCCAGCUGAUGUUUCCUGAUUUAAUCUUACCUUUAAUCUUAUCUCUUUCAUGAGAUAACACUAUUUGAUUGAAAUUGCAUCCAAUUGUGGUGCGAAUAAAGAGACAAAUUUUCGUGUUGACAAAGGACAAAUAUACGCUUAAAUCUCUAGCCAAGCGGGGUUGAGGAAAGUUACCAGGUGAGUUUUCAGAAAAAUUAUGUUUUCAUUUAGUUUUUUCGUCUCUUUUCCAAGACAUCAUGCACUACGCGUUAUCAUUAUUGUGCACGAGUUGAUUAUAAUUAUCUACAUAGCUGGAAUUCCUUUGUUCUUUCCGGAGGGGACUCGAUCUCAAUACUUCUAAAUUAUUUGAUAAGCGCUCUUUGUUCGCUAACGCACUUCCUUGCCGCUAACAUAAAUUGUUCUAAGUCCAGAUAUUUGGGUUUGCAAAAAGAUCCAUAGUGCAGAAAUUGAAACUGUAGACCUGGUAUAUUUCCUUUUUUUCAGCCAGAUCUGUCGUGUGGGUUUAAAGAAUACCUGUGAGUCGCAACAUCACUUUUUGUGUUUGUUUGGUCGAACAACAGAUUGAGUUGGGAAAGAGUAGUUGCUCAUAAUCGAUCAAAAUUUCUUUCUCUUCACGUGACAACAGGUUCUCCAAUUGAUUAUCGAAUGACAUCCGUAACUCUUCCGCGAAAACAGCCCUGUGAGAUAAAAAGCGCUGACUUCAAAUGGGUCGAUGUUGCUGUUUCUAAAACUCAUUCGAAAAGCAAAUUUGAGAUGGGUUAAAAAAUGUAAUUUCCAGAAAACUUAGUAGCGAAUGUGGCCAAAAAUCGAGCAUGUUCAAAAUAUGGUGGCAACAGCCAAAAAUUCAAUUCGGCUCAUAUUCUCAAGUUAGGUAGGCUGUAGAGAGAAACAAACCACUGCAUACAUCGUUUGGCUGAAUAUUGUUUUAUUUUCGAGAAAAUUGACAAUAACUAAAUUCUACUCAAAAUGCCGCAUUUGAAGCACAAAAUUGCAGGCGAAUCUCGGAGCGUCGCGUUACAAAUUAAAUGAAGCCUGGACGGAUAAAAGUACCAAAUCGCACAUAGGUUUGUUUACUUUGUUUUUUCUGGUAAAAUCUGGAUUUUUAGUAUUUUAGAAGUGAGUGUGAAAAUUCUGGUCAGACCAAACAACAGGCGUGUCAAAUCCGUCAUCACGCAUCAUCUACGCUUUACGAUAUAUUGCCAAAUUCAUUGAUGGCUUUAGACCCGACUAUACCUGAGGGGGAUAGAUCACUGCUUAUUCGGCUAGCUUCUUGGGCAAGAAUAUUAAAUAUCUAACAAGCAGGGAUUAUUCUUUUAAAAGCCGCUGUUUCAAAUAUACAAUAUCAGCACAAUUCACACUCAGAAGACAUGUAUUUUACGCUAGGUCCCUGAUGUGAGGUAUACCGACCCACACUCGAUCCUGCUGUAUCAGUUGGUGCAACGGAUUAUUCUUUGCGUUUCUUGAGUUUCGUGAUACACAGAAAUAUUUCAUAACCGAACGUAAGUUGUUUUGGACCACCACCCGGAAAAGAUAAAGUGAAUGUAAGAACGUGCUACCUGAGUCGUUGUUUAACUACCGGCACGAGUGACUUCACAAGGCGUGGUAGCCUCUGGAGAAGUAGUUUAAAUAUAAAUUUGUGGAACGCUGGAUGGUGCAAAAAUUUCAGUGAAAUUUUUGGUUUUCCAGUUGUGAUUUUGACCCUUAUACAGCUCUCUUUUAAAUAAAGAAAUAUUCUGUCAUUGCAGUGAUGGGCUAUGCCCUUUGAAGAUCUAUCGCUUUAUCCACCUGAAACAAUAAUUGAAAAAAUACCAUGAUUCAUUAAAUCAUGAUACGUUUAACUAUGACCGGGGUUAGAUGAUUGCAUACUCCUGUUUCGUAUAUUUAAAACUUGACCUAAAUUCCCGAAGCCACAUAUUUCACAGGCCAAUGAACUAUUUUUGCCGAGUUGUCGAUGCUAGUAGAUCUCUUUUUGAAUUAUUGGCGUUAUUCCUCACACGAGAAACAUGUUUCCGAACAUUUUCACAACAUUCCGCUUACAUUUGGUUCGCAGUUCGGUUGAGUACUUUUAUUUAAACAAAUAUCUCUUUCGUGAAGUUAUUAAAGCCUCCUUUUCGAGGGAAUAGAGAAACCCCGAAAUACGUUUGGUAAGAGUAUGUUCUGGACGCGUUGACUAUCCUGCCAAGUUAUUUUUCUUUUAUGUGAACGAUGCAACAGUUUAUGGACCGUAGCCUUCUUCUUCAAAACAGCAACAUGAAAGGUAAGAUUUUAUGUUAAAUAAGCUGUAGGCUGGCAGUAAAAUGCGAAACAGUGGAGUUUGCGUGUGAAUGUGUGCAUUUUCGACUGAUUGACGGCAACGUCGGAUCGGCGCAUUUUAUCCAACUUAAAAGUUUGAUUAAAUCGCGCUGAAUUAUUUCCCUAAAAAUCCUUUGGAAAUCUAAAAGAACUACACUUUGCCUUCCAAAAGCUAGAUUUUCAGCUAUUUAUUUUGUGUACCAAAUAGUUAGAUAAUGGUUACUUUUUGACCUAUUUUUUAUGUAGUUAAAAGUUGGUCGGACAAAUUUAAUUCGAUUUUGUAAAUAAAUGGUCAAGAGUUGCUCAAAUUGCUGACAACAUAUAUUUUAAUGCUGUUUUUUAAGAUUUGAUACUUUUAAUCGGUUCAGGUUUUUUCAAUUUGUGACGCGACGCUCCGAGAUUCGCCUGAAAUUCUGAGCUUCAAAAAGUGGCAUUUUGACGGAAUUCAGUUAUUAUCGACUUUCCCGAAAAUAAAACGAUAUUCAGCCAAACCAAGUAUCCUGUCACUUAUUUCCCAUUGAGACCCACUAAAAUUUGAAAUAUGGGCGAAAUUAAUUUUUCAGUUGUUGCCACCAAAUGUUUGACCAUUGGUAACAUCCGCUCUUAAGUUUCACCUACCUUGUGGGUUAUUGCUUACUAGCAUAUCAUUUAUUUCCGAGAGCUUGAUGACUAUCCAAAUAAGGAAGGAUGCUCAAUGUCUCAUUUCUCUUUUGCAAAUGAUGUAGAGCGCAUCGCCUCAUUCAGCAUUAUAUAUACAGCAUAUUUGACUAUAAAUUUUAGAGAUGAAACUUGCGGAAAAAAGAGGAUUAAAAGAUCGAGCAAGUUCUGAUUCAGACCUUCUGAAAGAACGAAACAUGACCACAGCCAAUACAAAAGAUCCUUUUCCAGAGGGGAAAUUCUUACCAUUUGACAGAAAAGUGCGUGUAGAAGAAUAUUUGGAAAAUCUUCAGGAGACCUUCAGCGAAAUCACACUACCGAGUGAUAGCGGAGUAGGGACCUGGAGUAGUGCUACUUCUGAAUGUGGAUUUGACAAAGGUGAAAAUGAUAGCUAGUCUCCACCGAAUGAUAAUUCUUGAUAGAAUAGGUAUGAGUUGCUGAGAACUAUAGCUCGACUCUCGCCGAGUUCCCAUCAUUGAAUGUCUUUCCCUCACGGCUUCGCGAGUCAAUUGUAAUGUAGCCAUAAAUGUUGAUGUCAGAUAUCCCAGUCUUAGAAACCUUGCUUCCGUGUUCAUAAUCAUGUUGGUUACUUGGGGAAACGCCAGUAUCCUUGCAUAACUGGCCUUUUACUUUGAUAGUAGUUGGGUGUAAAGAAUGUCUCGAAAAAAGGUAGCCCAGGUGUGAAAGUACAUCCUCCAACACUCACUCGAACACGAAGGACAAAGUCAAAAAAGAUGCCUGUGACAGAAAGUAUCGCAGUAUCGUAAUCUAUGAUGUCACCUCUUCCCCACUAACACCAAACCAAGUUUGAAGGAAAGCAAGGCUCUUAGCACCCUCUCGAUCAAGCAUGAAAGCUCAUCAUGGCCAGUAACGUAUUAGGGUAACACUGCCUUUCACAUUAGCAAUAUUCUUUCAUUAAUUCAGCAUAGGUUUAGAGACCCUGAGUUCCUCAGUGAACCACCAUAUACCUAGGUGAUGCCACUCCCUCAGAAUUACAAGAUAGCCGGAGUCUUGUCUUGUCUUUAUCAACGUGACAAGAUAAAUGCUUUUGUAUUAAGCCAGGUCCGUGAAUUUAGGAAUGUCUUUAACAACAACAAUAACAGAGAAAUUGUUUUUCGGUUUGUUACGAGGAAAAAGAAACAAGUGUACUACACCAUGAGGAAUCGAGUCUCACAUAUUUGCAUUCCAAGGCUCAGAUCCUGCACUGAGACUCUGCGAUGAGUUAGGCCAUGAAGUGGUUGGAAACUUAGAUUUCUUGCAUUUCUUUCUCAAUUUCUUUACCGAGUUCAGAUCUUUUCUUCAUUCUCAUUCUGUUCAUGAAUCCUCAGGAGACACACUUGAAAAGCUCGACCAGGUUGAAGGUUUAAUCAAAGAUGCCGUUGAGAACUGGAGCAGCUUUCAGGAAGCAUACAGAGAUGCACACCCAUCCGAAGGUUAUAUGAUCGAUUAAUUACUUUCAACGAAUUAAUCGUACUUUUAAUUAAAUCAUAAGUUGAUUGACUUUCAAAACUGAUACUAUCACAGAAGAUACAAAUUUUCUUUAAAAAAACUAUUAUUCGAACAAAGGGGUAUCCAGAUGAGAGUUUAAUACUGGUUUGAUAUUCUUGUGAAAAGGAAAUUUAGCGCCUCUUCUUUCUGUCAUAUUUAGCCGGAUAGCCAUGUGUGGUUGUGAGUGAUAAUCGAUUGCUUGCUUUUAAGAUCAGUUACCAGAUGAGAAAUUGAUUCAUCAUCUUUCUGCGAUGUAAUGUGUUUAAAAUAGCCUUUGUUUGCGUAAUAGCAACAACAUAAUAAAAAAAAAAUUAUGUAGCGCAAAUACUGUAAAUGUAUUCAAAAGCGCUCUACACUAAAUACUACCAGAUUCACACAUGAAAAACCCACGUUAUAUGUUUCUGGUACUACAAAAUAUUGAAAUAAAAGCUUUCCUGAAAAGAAUCGUUCUAUAGUUAGUUCUUAAAAACCGCGACGCUUUUACAAGUUGUAAUCGGUAAUGGUGGUAAUUUCCAUAGGACAGGAGCAGCAUGAGUGAGGAACGAUCCCCAAGUGUAGAGCAGUUGACUCGGAAAGGACGAAUAGAAGAGCAUAAUUAGCAGCUAAUGACAAUAGAUCUGUGAUGUAGGGUGGAGUAAGACUGUUUUACGAAUUGGAAUCCAUUCUGUUUGGUAUAAAUUUUUAGACUAAGAAAUAUUUCAUACUCAAUUUCUUUCUAGGACGUGCAUUACAUGGUGUAGCGGAAGAAUUUAAAAGGAUCAGAAUCGCUUUAAGAAUCUUUAAAAAGAUGGAAAAACUGUGGUUGAAUGCAGGUCAGUCUCAUAAAAAUUAAACGGUGGACUCUGAAACAGUCACCAUCAGUUAAUUUAGGGAUGGUAUUUUAUUAUGACAGAGUGGCUAUAGGUUAUACUAUGCAAUGUUAUUUAUUUAUCGAUUUAUUGGGAGGACCUGAUCGAGAGCCAAAUAUUUUCCCGUCCAGCCCGGCAAAGCUUAGUCAAUAAGCAUUUUAUAACAUGAUCACUAAGUGUUGAAAUUUUCAAAACUCUUUUUUUUUCAACUUAAACAGGGUGUACUUGUGUACAAAAGAAGGGCGGUACCUGGACAACUAAUAUAAAGAUUCUACUGUAAAUAACUUUCCCUUUUUUUCGACAUUACAAAGCACUUACGAUUGAGGACACUCUUUAUGAAUGAUAUCUUAUAUUUAGUAUCGCUGUAUAUUUAUUUGCGUUUGUAUCUAAGCAAACACGUUUAUUUAAAAGAAUAUUUUCAAAUGACAGUAUUUUUGUCAAAAAACGAAAACAAAACAACAACAAAAAAUAAUUAUUAGUCAACUUUGAAUAUAAAGUUUUCUUUUAUCUCCAGUUAAGCCUGUCAAUCUGAAUUGGCCAGUGGAUGAACGUGAUUACAACCAAAUACUUAUUUCGUAUUUGGUCUGGCUGAAACUUGCACUUUUUCAGAACUUGAAAGCUCACUGUAUUGGCACAGCAUAAAAGACCCUGUUAAAUUUCAUUCAUUCCUCCUCUGGCAGUUGAUUUACUUGAACUUACAUCUGGCCCCUUAGAGUCAGUCGGCUUUUUAUUGAAAUAAGUCUACUGAUUUUAAAACACCUAAAACAGCGAACUCUGAUUUGAACAAUUCAUGAGCAACCAUCAGAUUUCUCUUAGACAGUUUGCGUCAGUAUCGUGGUUAAUUAUUCUGCAUCUUUUAUGUUGCACUGUAGAACCUAUUUUGACAUCGUCAAGCAAUACUCAAGCUGUUAUAAAACAAUUGGAACACUCUCUAAAGCUAAAUCAAGGCUUUUUCAAAAAUCCAACCAGAGAGGACAAAAGGGCUAUCCGUGGCUUGGCAAGAAAAGCUAAAAAUUUCAGAAGAUUCGACGUUUUCUAUAACUUAAGAAAGAUUACACCACCAGGAACAACAGGUUUGCUGUUAAAUAUCAUUUCCUUAACUUCUUCUUGUUAACAAAAAAGUCAGAAGGACUUUAACAUUGAACUCUCUUUAAUCCGCGAAAUUCAGAUAGAAAAUAAUUUACAUAACACAAGCAACACUUUUAAGUUUGCAAUACAUGGUUGUAUAUUACUCAUGUCAUGUUCAGUUGCAAAAUAAUAUCCUUGUUACUAUUUGAAUUUGAAUUUGAAUAUUCGUUAACUAUUUGAAUAAAAUACAACGGAAGUGCAGAAGGGAAAAGUGGUAUUUUGAAGCGACCCAGGAAAAACCAAAACAGAAAAUACUUUCCGUUAAACCAAUCUCCCACUAGCUUGCUUUUAAAAGUUUUGAAUUAAGAAUAGACUCGGUGGGGGAACCAUUUAUGACAAGGAAAAUUCUUUCCCUGGCGUGGCGGUGACAGUCAUCAUCUUUUCCUCUGUAAGCCAGACAACAAGCAGCCUCUGUUGCUAACCAGUUGUGGAGCGUGGAAGGCGAUCGAGAUGUUUACGAAAUGACUGCGGGAAAACUGGGUGACUGGUCUUCUCGCCUAACUGCCUAAGAAAAAAAGUACUAACUGGGUGGCGUUGCUAAGGUUAAUGAUCUCGAAACAAACGCACCAUAGUGAAAUGAAUUUAUUACGUUUCGCUCAACAACAGCUGAAAAGAUAGAGUUCGUCGCAAUAAACAACAAUGUUCAAAAUUUCAUGUCAACACAGCGAAAAAACGCGAGCGACAAGCAACACACGUGAUGAAAGAAUCAGCAAUGAUAAUUGAGGGGAGGAGGUAGGGGUCGUCAUGAAUUCCAUAAAUCAUAGUUUCGAAUCAUUUGACUCGUGUGGUCGAGCCUUUAUUACGAUUCUUCGUUUGUGUGAGAAGCCAUUGAGUCAGUAUUUAUUCCUAAGACAAUUAUUCUUUUCAUUCAGGUCCUUGGUUAACUGAUAACUUGCUCAUCGUGGACAUCCCCAAAUAUAUAAAAGAAAAAAAUUCAAAACUUUUGGGACGUAAGUAAAGUUUUGUGAAAUAGUUGCCCAAUACGAACGCCUAUAUAUAAAUGCAUUUGUACAGUGGUCUGUCUCAUAUUCCCGGCCAUCGACGUUCACGAGGAGCCAUUUCAUUAAGAUGUGGCUGCUUCCGCCUGGAAAUUCCAUUUGCGACCUAAUAGCAAGCGGCCGAGAGACAUAUUCCCUUUGUAAUCACUUUUAUUAAACCAGUAAACAUGUGGAGUCACCCCAUGUCAUGUAAUAGACUCGUUUGCACAUGUUUUCAGUCUCAUACUUUGUAUCGCUUCUUUGUUUCUGUUCACCAGGAAAACAAUAGCCACGAGGCGUUUUGAAAACACACAAAAAGCUAUAUAUGACCAAAAAAAAAUGACAAAGCUUGGUCUUCUCGUUCAAAUUAGAAAUAUUGAAGCAGCAGAAAAACUUAUGUUAUCACUAGCGAGUCUGGAAUAGCGUCUCUACUUUCACCCCUACUCCACAUGUUCAGUGCAUCACAUAGACCCAUACUAGAAAUGAAACCAUACUACAGAUAUGUUAUUCUUUUUUCAUUACAAUUGGUCCAUGAGUAUAUCCCUGCUAGCAGUUCAUAAAGUAAGUCACUCAUAAAACUUGAUGGUCUAGUGGGUGUUCAGUAAGAAACAAGUCAUAAUUCGUGACGUACAACGAAGGUGAAUGUUUGUUUUCUUUUCUUUAGGGACAUAUUUGGGGAUGCCGUAUCGAAGGGCGGGACCAAGCGACAUGAACUACCCCGAGAGCACUACCAUACUCGAUCUUGUCGCUAUGCGAUACAAGUUAAGAAUGGUGGGUGAGCUGUAUGACUUUCUAUGUGAAAGGGGGUUCUCUAACUUAGCCGAUUAUCUUUAA